AUGCAGCAGCAGGAGCACGUGAGUGAGGAGACGGCGAAGAUGAACGAGAUCAUGGGCAAAGAGGGGCCGGAUAUUGAGGGUCAAGGUACACCCGUGCAAGAUAUAUUGAAAGCCGAGCCGGAAGCGCAAAAGCAAGCUCCCCAAGUCAUGAAAGACUCCAUCAGAACCGGCCAAGGAGCAGCCAACGCCAAGCCUUCCACCUCACGCUCCUUCUCCACCCUCACGCGACGUCGACAACAAGACCUCACCACCUCCACCCACCUCCCCUCCUCACUCGACCCCUCAAUGAUCCCCACCGCCGCCCAACGAGCCACCUACACCGACUCACACCCGCCCGCCCCACCCUCCGUCCAAGACACGAAGACAGGCCACAAAUUCCCCCUCCCCUCCCUUCCCCUCCCGCCCACCGCUCGAAAGGACGAGCGCUACGACCCCAUCGUCACCCAACUAACCAACCUCCUCAUGCGCGACGGCAAAAAAGCCACCGCCCAACGCAACAUGACCACCAUCCUGACCCACCUCCGCACCUCUCCCGCCCCCGUCUACAACCCCACCCGCCCCCUCCUCCCGGGCGCUCCACCAGCCUCCCACCUACCGCUCCACCCAAUCCUCUACCUCACCCUCGCCAUCGACUCCGUAGCCCCACUCUUACGGAUCCGAAGCCAACGUGGCGCGGCGGGAGGUGGCGUCGCCCUCCAAAUCCCUGUCCCACUUGGGUUACGGCAGAGAAGGAGACAAGCGUUCAUGUGGAUCCUGGACGCGGCGGAGAAACGGCAGAAUCGGGGCAGCGGGCGGGAUAUGUUCGCCACGCGCGUGGCGGAGGAGUUGGUGGGGAUUGUGGAGGGGCGGAGUGGGGUUUGGGAGCGCAGGGCGGCGGUGCAUCGCUUGGGCACGACGAGCCGGAGUAAUUUGACUUAUGGGAGUCGGGGGAGGAGGUGA